UUUUUGAUUUAACCUGAGUGGAGUUGAAGGACUUUGUAUCGAGUCACUAAUUCCUUUUUAGAUCAUUUCGGAUUAUCAGAAAAUCAGAAAUCAGCACUAGCCUAUGAUUGAUUAGUUAGAAUGAAUCAGAUCCCCAUUCAAGAUUCUUACGGUGUGAAGAUGCAUCCGAGGAAACCAUUGGUUUUUCUUCUCUUAGUGUGCGUCACUGCCAUUGGAGUAUUUUCUAGAGCUUCAUGGAUUUUAACUGUGUACCAUGAUUACUUCGUCCAUCAGAAUGCAAGUCUUUGUGCCUGUGACAAAUGUUUAACGGACUAUGAUCCAUGGUUCACAAAACUUAUAAAAGAAUCUCCUGAGCCCUUCUUAUCAAUCACAAACAAUGUCUCAAGUGAUGCGUUUAACUGGUGGAAGCGCAUACAGACUGAUAGACGCAACUACAGUUACUACAAAAAAACAGUGGACAAGGUGUUUCAGAUCUUUCCAACCAAUGUCCAUUCCACAAGAUCCAGCCCUGACCUCUGCAGAACUUGUGCUGUGAUUGGAAAUUCUGGCAACCUGAAUGGAUCACAUUAUGGAUCAAUGAUAGAUUUUCAUGAUAUUGUCAUAAGAAUGAACCAUGGCCCCACUGAAGGCUUUGAAAGAGAUGUUGGAAACAAAACAACAUACCACGUGAUGUUUCCAAACAGUUUUAAAAAUUUAGACAACACCACUCGUCUUGUGUUUUUUCCAUACAAAAUCCGUGAUUUAGAAUGGCUCAUGUGGUCCUUCACUCAAAGCCAAAGAGAAAGUGCUAAAUCACGAAUGAAUAAGGAUUUGGUGAUGAUUCUCAGUCCAGAGUUCAUGAAAUAUGUCCAUUAUGUUUGGCUAAACCAAAAGGGAAGAUAUCCAUCCACUGGCUUUCUGACUUUGAUUCUCAGCUUUCACAUGUGUGAUGAAGUUAGUGUGUUUGGAUUUGGAGCAGACAAAAAUGGAAACUGGAACCAUUAUUAUGAGCCACUCAAAAACAAACGUUUGAAAACUGGACAACAUCCUGGAAGUGUGGAGUAUAAAUAUAUUGAGAAACUUCAUGAGCAAAAAAAAAUUAGUUUUUUCAGAGGAUGGUAAUCUUUGCUUUCUGUUUGUCUCUCCCAUAAGACCCUACAGUGACACUGGUGUCACAGUUUCGCAUGUCAAAGAAAUUUCCUUGAAUAAGUUUGUAAUUUAAAAGAUUUUUUUUGUUCUUGAAAUUGUGUAUAGAUUUUCCUCAAAAGACAAAUGUGAAUCAGCUCUUAUGUGUUAAGAUGAGCAGCCUCCAGAACUUUAGAAUU